AUGGCUUCCAACUCUGCUGCCGUCUUUGGCUCGACCGGCCUCGUUGGCUCCUACAUCCUGUCCAACCUCCUCGCAACCGGCCCCUUCAAGCCCGUCCACACCGUUGGCCGCCGUCCUCCCAAGGCCACCUCGCCCAAUCUCAACUCCAUCAUCGACGCCGACGUCACCAAAUGGCCCGCCGCCCUGACCGGCAUUUCGCCCGCGCCGCACGUCGCCUUCUCCGCCAUCGGCACGACCCGCGCGGCCGCCGGCGGCAUCGAGAACCAGUGGAAGAUUGACCACGACCUCAACGUCGAGGUGGCCCGGGCAGCCAAGCAGGCCGGCGUCAAGACCUUUGUCUUCAUCUCCAGUGUCGGCUCCGACGGCUUCCUGGCGUCGACGUCGCCCUACAGCAAGAUGAAGAAGGGCGUUGAGACGACGGUGCGGGAGCUCGAGUUCGACCACGGCAUCAUCGUGCGGCCGGGCCUCAUCCUGGGCGAGCGCGAGGACAAGCGCUUCGCCGAGGGCCUCGCCAUGACCUUUGCGCGUGGCCUGGGCUUCCUCGGGCUCAAGGACAGCUUUGCGCAAGAUGCCGAGGUGAUUGCGCGAGCGGCCAUCCGCGCCACGCAGCUGGCCGACGAGGGCAAGGCGCCGAGCAAGUUCUGGGUGCUCGGCCAGGGCGACAUUAUCAGGCUUGGCCGAACCGAGUGGGAGUCUAAGGAGGAGCCUAAGGAGGAGCAAAAGUAA